AUGGCGGCCGGCAGUCAUCCGAACGAGACGACCUUUGACAAGUGGGACUCUUCCUGCAGUACGCCCACCGAUGAAUACAGCGAGCCUGGUGGUGCGUGGAAACACGACCACAUCAGGCUUAACACAGAACUAAAAGAUUGGCAAGAAUUCUCGAGAGACAUUACAGCCUCGUCUGCCAAAGAUCCAGUAUCUCCUCACUCGCUGUGGAUGACCGACAACAUGUCCUUGGAGAACUUUGGAAGGAGAGGCGAGACUCAGAUGCCCGAUGUAUGGAAGCCACAAAAGAAAGAGCUGGUAAUCAUGAUCAGUCUAAGCUUCAUAUCAUUGAUGGUGGCGCUGGAUGCCACAAUCCUAGUCACGGUACUACCGGUAAUAGCACAAAAGCUUGAUGGUACUUCGGCUGAAGCGUUCUGGACGGGGACAUCGUACCUUCUCACCUCUGCCAUCUUCCAGCCGGUCAUCGCAUCGAUAUCCGCUGUCUUCGGCCGGCAACAGCUCCUCAUCGCCUCGCUCCUCUUCUUCACAGUCGGUACGAUACUAUGCUCAGUCGCAGACAAUUUCACUGAGCUGCUCGGAGGAAGAUGCAUCCAAGGAAUUGGUGGUGGUGGGAUUAUAACGUUAACACAAGUCAUCUUUUGCGACAUCGUGCCGCUGAGACAACGCCCGAAAUACUUCGCGAUGGUUCUCGGAUGCUGGAGCAUAGGGUCCAUCAUCGGACCCGUAGUUGGUGGUAAGCUUGUGGAAAGCGCGUCCUGGCGAUGGGCAUUCCACAUCAACUAUCCAUUCUGCGCUAUCGGCUUCGCUGUUGCGAUCUUGUUCGUGCGCCUUGACGCGGUGGCGAAACUCACAUUCCAGGAGAAGCUCAAGCGAGUGGAUUGGCUGGGCGCAGUACUCUUCAUUGGCAGCAUGACGAGCUUGUUGAUUGGAAUCUCUUGGGGCGGCAUCCAGCAUCCCUGGGACUCAGUUGCGACUCUUGCACCUAUCAUCGCGGGGAUGACAGGAAUCGUUGCGUUCUUCCUGUGGCAAUGGUACAGAAAAGAGCACACCCUAUUGCCUUUGGCAGUGUUCGAAAGCUGGAGCGCAAUCGCCGCGUUUUACAACGCGCUGAUCAAUGGCCUACUACUCUUCACGACCUUGUACUACUGGCCAUUCUACGAUAUGAGUGUUCGCGGGAGAUAUCCUACCCAGGCGGGUAUUGACAUGCUACCGGUCGUCCUCCUCACGGUUCCCAGUUCCGUCAUUGUUUCGAUAUUGACGACGCGUCUUGGACGAUUCCGAUGGGCGAUUUGGGGUGGCUGGAUGGUUACGACACUUGCAUGCGGGUUGCAGGUCAUGCUCGACGUAGAUUCAACAACUGUCGUCACGUCAGCGCUUCUGGCCGUACUUGGUAUUGGCAUGGGCAUGGUACUGACAAGUCUCAAUGUCGGUAUUCAGGCCAUUUCUAAGCCAGAAGACGCAGCGAUGGCCGCGAGCAUGUAUGGCUUUCUCCGAAGUCUGGGUAUGCCCAUCGGUGUCGCCCUCGCAGGGUCGGUCUUCUCCAACUCCAUGUCCGACAAGCUUUCAGAGCUAGGCCUGCCCACGUCGAUCGCUCAUGACUCUGAGCAAUACAUCUUCGUCUUGCGCAAAAUGGCGGACUCCACGCAGAAAAGGGCCAUUCUUUCCUCCUACAUGAGAGGGUUCGAUUCGGUCUUCGUCAUGGUCACAGGUCUCUCAGCUAGUGCGCUCAUCGUCAGCUUUAUGAUCAGAAAGUUCAGCAUGGACAAAAUACUGGUUGCGCAAUUCUCCGCGAAGUGA